GAUAGCAAAUCCCAGGCUUUCCAUCAUGCUGCCUAGACUCAUAUUCUGCACUGCAAUAGCCUUAGCCACUUUGGCAGUAAUUCUCUUGGCUUUGGUAUCCCCAGUAGUUCACAAGAAACAAUCAAAGAACACCUCCAUUCCCUGGUUGGCUCUGUCCUUGUAUAUACAACAGCCACAUACUGCAACCUCUAAAACACAACCUUUCACACAAUCCGAUGGUGGAGCUUUUAUUUUUCAUCAUACACUCACGGAGGGACCUGAAAACACUUCUCGGGUGGUCGGAAAAGCUCAAGGCUUCUUCGUCCCAAUUGAACAUUUUGCGCAUUCAGCAUUUAAUUUGAUUUAUCUCACAUUUGAAACACCUGAGUACUCUGGUAGCCUCAGUGUUCAGGCCAACCAGGUUUCUCACAAAGAUACAGAGGAACUAACCGUGGUUGGAGGUACAGGGUCUUUCGCAUUUGCUCGUGGGCAGGCUGUGUUUGCGCAGACAGACCGGCAAACUUAUCAUGUAAAGCUUCAGCUGAAGUUUCCUGAUCGAUCUCAUACAGUUCCCGGAUGAACCAGAUCCUUAAUUUGAGUUUAUUGCUCCUUAUUCCUUUUUUGAUUGUUACAAAUAUUAAUUCUUCCCUUAUUUUUCCCCUUUUUCCCGACUGAAAAGCGUAAGCGUGGAAUUUUGUAAAUUGUCAUGUCGGUGUAUCUGUACAAUUCUUGCAACUACAACUUUUUACUU